GUCAGGCCAACGGAGGAAGAAAGUGUGAUUCGAUGAUUCGACCAUGGCGUCGUCAUUGCCCAGCAGUGUUGAUUUACCCCACAUUCUCCGAGUCAAAGGACUCGCCCCAGCUAUCGUCAGUCGGCUUGAAGAGGAAGGAUUUGAUGGAUUGAGUUUUUUAAAAGCAAGCCCAUCACUCCUGUUGGCUCUGAAAUUCAAGGGAGCAGAAAUAGUGGCUAUACAGGCCUUGCAGAAUGAUGACACAUUUAAAGAUGCAACGGUUGACACUGGGUUCAAAGCCACUCCUGAGAAUGCGACCAGUCCAGUUGUACGGAGGUCACUUCGCAGUAAUUCCUCAGCUAGAAACACUCCGAGUCCAGCUCACUCAAGACACCGUAACAGUCCAGUUGGCUCACCAAAUCAAUUUGGAGGUGGUCGUGACAUCAGUUCAACACCAACACGAGAUCCAGUCUCGCUUCGGCAGAGAAUUGCGACAAAUCAGCUUGCGAAGACUGUUACCUUUGCAGAGAGAACCAGCUUUGCUUUGAAACCUCAAAAAACCAUCCUACCUAGUGGCAAGAACUUUUUUUGAGUAAUGCAGGUGGCAGCACCUCAG